AUGCAGAAUUACGCUACGCUUAAAGCAGCGCUGCUUUGUGCAUUCUUGACGCUAUUCUCUGCUCAAGCUGAACAUUGGGUCGUCAUUGUGGCUGGCUCUAAAGGGUAUAGCAACUAUCGACACCAAUCAGACGCCUGCCAUGUCUACCACGUCGUACGACGCCAUGGUAUACCGGCUGAGAAUGUAAUCCUUAUGAUGUACGAUGAUAUCGCGUGGCACGAACGAAAUCCAUACCCAGGUCAGCUUUUUAACAAGCCUAUGACAAAGAACGCGUCGCACGAAGAUGUGGUAGCUGUGGACGUGUACAAGGGCUGUAACAUCGACUUUCGCGGGAUUGAAGUGACUCCUGACACGUUUGUGAAUGUGUUGACCGGUAACAGCUCCGGGGCUUUUAACAAGAAAGUCUUGCGUAGCACAGACACUGAUCGAGUAUUCAUAAAUUUUAUUGACCAUGGCUCGCGUGGCAAUGUCUACUUUCCAAAUAUGAAGCCGCUGGCGGCUUCGAGGCUCAAGAAAGCUAUGCGAACCAUGUACGAUAAGAAAAUGUACAAAGAACUCGUAUUAUAUGUGGAGGCUUGUGAAUCGGGCUCAAUGUUUUCUGACAGUUUCUUAAAAAGUAUUAAUGCAUACGUGACGACAGCAGCGAACGGGUUUGAGUCGUCAUGGGCUACUUACUGUCCUCCUUUUGACUUAGUUAAUGGAAAAAGCAUUGGUUCAUGCCUUGGAGAUUUGUAUUCCGUCAAUUGGAUGGAGGAUAGUGAUCUGACAGAUUUGUCAAAUGAGACGCUCAAGACGCAAUAUCACCGUAUCAAGAACGAAACCACGAAAAGCCACGUGAAAUCUUUUGGGUCGUCGCAGCUUCGUCACGAGAUUGUUGGCAAUUAUCAGUCAACGUAUGACCAGAAUGAUUCUAGCACCUUUAGUAUUGAGCAUUCCAAGACACUUGAUACAACAUGCAUUCAUGAUACGGCUUUUCGGAUUCAAAGCGCUGUUGACGCACGCGAUGUGGACCUUGUCGUUGCGUUUUACCGUUAUUUACGUGCCGUCCCAGGCAAAGAUCGACGUGGUUUUGCGAACGAACUGAGUAAUAUAGUUUAUGGUCGGGAAGCCUCUGACGAAGUGUUCGAGACAAUAAAGGUUUUAUACGAGCAACACACAAAUAUGCCUUUUGUAUCUCGAGUGGAAGAACCAAAGAACCUGAAGUGCCACGACGAGAUCUUUCGCGACUUCCAGACGUCCUGUGCAUUUAUUGGAGGGUUCACUGGUUACGCCCUGAAGUACGCAGGCACCUUAGUCGAUCUAUGUGAGUCGAAUUUGCAGCAAGGUAAAAUAUUGGCCAUAGUUCACGACGCUUGCCGGAUUGUGAACCAGUCUCAACGUUUUGCAUCGCGAAAUGGUGUAUUUGACUUAAAUACAGUCAUGUUUGAUUGA